AUGGAGUUCGACCCAAAGACCCCUCCCGUUCUUACGUCCGAACGACAUACGUUCGCAUACACUUCGGCAUUGGAAAGAUGGCCUGUGAUUCUGACGGGUGCCAUCGACGACCUUCAUCGCUCGCUGAUCCAAAUUCCCGACGGAGAAGAUGAUAAGCAGAAGGAAGGGAAGGAAAUUGUUUCUCAGCUUGCAGCACUAAAAUAUGAGCUAUUACACAAUAGGAAAUUGACGUAUGGCUCCUAUUCUACACCCUUACAGGACGAUGGCGAAGAUGACAUCAAGACAUACAAUAAGGAGCUGGAGCAGAGGGGUGACGUCUCUUGGUUUUAUUCGCCGUGGCUAUACGCAGAAUGUUAUCUCUACAGGCGGAUAAACACUCUUUUCACACGUUCUACCCACUGGAAGAGCUAUGAUAUUUUCGCCCGCCAGAAAAUGUCUACAUUCAGGUCCUCACGUCCAGCGGUUCUGGAGCUAGGCGCAAGAUAUGGAGACUUAGACAAAGAAAUAAAAGCCAAUCAUUCCGACACUCAAUCGGAAAAAGCAGACGAGCUGCUCUUUACAGAAAUGUGUGAAAUUUGCUUAUGGGGCAAUGCCACUGAUCUAUCCCUCCUGACUUCGCUCACAUACGAAGAUAUACAGAAGCUCCAGGGUGCUAAAGCGCGCAAGGCAGCCGAGGAGAACAUACUCGUAAAUGAUCUGUCUGCUGCAUUUGCUGUGUUGAACAAUGCUCGAAAGACUAGGAAAAACGAGGAGCGUCGGGUUGAUAUAGUUCUUGAUAAUGCGGGAUUCGAGCUUUUCGUGGACCUAAUCCUCGCGGGUUAUCUUCUCCUCUCUGAUCUCGCAACGACAGUUAUUCUUCACCCCAAGUCAAUGCCUUGGUUCGUUUCUGAUGUCCUCCCCAAAGAUUUUGGUGACCUAGUCUCGGCUCUCGCGGAUCCCCAAUCAUUCUUCACGGCCACAGCCGACAAACAUGACCCAAAAAGCAAUACCCAGACUUCCCAGCCGCUGUCGGAACAAGAGGUGGCUGAGCUGCAGUUUCUAUCCGAACAGUGGAGCCAAUUUCACGCCGAUGGAAAGUUGAUCAUACGACCCAACCGUUUCUGGACCACGGCUGGAAGCUACUGGCGGAUUCCAGGCGAAGCGCCCACCCUAUGGGAUGAUCUAAAGGAAAGUGAAUUAGUUUUAUUCAAGGGAGAUCUUAACUACCGAAAACUGACAGCGGAUGCGCACUGGGAUCCUGCGACCCCUUUCUCAGAUGCCAUUGGACCUCUCGGUCCCGGAUCCCGGAUCCGUACUCUUGCACUUCGUACAUGUAAGGCAGAUGUAAUCGUUGGCCUUCCUCAAGGGGAAGAUGAGCGUAUCCGUCAAACAGAAGGAGGAGGAGGAGAAUCAGGGGCUCGUAAAUGGGCUUGGAGCGGAAAGUGGGCUGUUGUGCAAUUCUGCGAUGGAAAAGCUUGA